CCACUUCAGCGCGAGACGCGGAGAACUCACCACGCGCAGAGGAGAGCUGUGUGCAGCAGGAGCGCGAGCGGACGGACCUGGAGUGAAGCAACAGACUGGAUGACUUUUUUCAUUACCCGACUUCUUAUCUCAUUGCCGGACAAAAAGACGGAACAAGUUGGGCUCUAGGAAGCAACAAACAGCAGCUGAAAGAGCAGAAGAGAAACCUGAAGACUGAAGAAGUUCAGGACCUUAGACUCUGUGCAGAAAAGACGACUGUCUCUUGAAGAGGUAGCGACCUCUCACCAUGCAGCACUACGGGGUGAACGGCUACUCUCUGCACGCCAUGAACUCCCUGAGCGCCAUGUACAACCUGCACCAGCAGGCCGCGCAACAGGCGCAGCACGCGCCCGACUACCGGCCGUCCGUGCACGCGCUCACACUGGCCGAGAGACUAGCUGACAUCAUCCUGGAGGCUCGCUACGGCUCUCAGCACCGCAAACAGCGCCGGAGCCGCACGGCCUUCACGGCACAGCAGCUGGAAGCGCUGGAGAAGACUUUCCAGAAGACCCACUACCCGGAUGUGGUGAUGAGGGAGCGGCUGGCUAUGUGCACCAACCUGCCCGAGGCCCGCGUGCAGGUUUGGUUCAAGAAUCGCAGAGCCAAGUUCCGUAAGAAGCAGCGCAGCCUCCAGAAGGAACAGCUUCAGAAGCAGAAGGAGGCAUCAGGGGAAGGAGGAGCUGAGAAGGAGGAUGCACCUCCCUCCACCACCAUCCUUCCUGACACACAGCUGCCUCCCCCAUCCUCCUCCUCCUCUUCAUCCUCUUCUCUGGAGACAGAAGGUCCUGUGGUUCGUCCUGUGCCGCUGGACAUGGAGCUGAAUGUCACGUCAGCAGAACACUCUGGCAGCGAGUCAGCGACGGAGGAUAAUGCCACAGACAAGGAGGACGAGAGUAAAUCUCAGAGAGAGGAGAUGAAGUGUGAGAGAGCGGUGACACCUGGAGACGUCUCCCCGGCUUGCAAAAGACUCAGCCCUAAACCAGACUCUCCCCUGGUGUCUCCGUCGGUGACCCCCUCCUCCUCCAGCAGCGGCCUGACCAGCAGCGGCCCUCUCUCUCAGAGCCACUCUUACUCUUCCUCCCCGCUCAGCCUGUUUCGUCUGCAGGAGCAGUUCCGCCAGCACAUGGCUGCCACCAACAACCUGGUGCACUACCCUGCUUUUGACCUCGCUGCCCCAUCUUCACUCCCCUACUUGGGAAUGAAUGUUAACAUGCCCCCUGCGCCGCUGGGCUCUCUGCCCUGCCAGUCUUACUACCAGUCCCUGUCUCAUCAUGCCCAGCAGGUGUGGAACAGCCCGCUGCUACAGGCAUCGGCUGCAAGUGGCCUCACAAGCCACAACAGCAAGACCACCAGCAUCGAGAACCUGCGUCUGAGGGCCAAACAGCACGCUGCCUCACUGGGACUGGACACAAUGUCUAACUGAGAUCGAGAUUGUACGGAGGACAAUGAAAUCUAGGCCAGAACCUCGGCUUACACAUCACCCCAUCCUACUCCUGUGUCUGUGUGACUGUGAUAGUUAGGAGCCAUAUACUGACCCCUUCUUGAGUAGACGGGCACAGGGCAUGCAGACAUGUCCAAAAAUAAAACAUGCCAGCAUGCACCGGACCUACAGAACUCCAUAACACAGCCUUUUGAGACAGACCACACUUCUACAGCUUGUUUAACUCCUCUUAGCUUCUGUUGCAGCUCAAGGUCCAGCAGUAUGACCCCAGGAAAAUAAUCACCAUACUGAACUUUGCAAGAAUAAGAAGUGACGAAUAAGGCAAAUGUCCCGACUAAAAGGACACUGAACGUAUUUCUGACACACGACAUUAUAAGAUGUUUCCAACAGACAUGUAAUGCUGGACCUUUUUAACAUCUAAAAAAAAAGUAAAAAGUAUCACUGAAAAUGAUGUGCACAGCUGACGAUGGAGGCACUCAGUUUAAAGACAAUGCAAAUAAUGUUUACAAGGAUAAUGUGAAUAAAUGAGGCACUUUCGGAGGAACUAGGCUUCGUCGGCCAGGAGGAAAAAGGCAUUGCUUGUGCAGCAAAGAAACCAUUUCUGUCACAGGACCAUUGACAUUUCAAUUAAGCUACGUGGUUAUGUACUUAGCAUGUACUACAUAACAGCACAUAAAUAAAAAUAAACUCAAGCCAUGUUGUCCUCAACAGCAUAAUUAAAAGUGACUAAUUUACCAGUUUAAUGGCCAGUGAUAUGGCACUUUUACAGAGGCUGGCUUGACAAUGAGAAAAUGAUUUCAGUGACUAAAUUCUCAAAGCUUUUAAUUACAUUUUGCCCUGGGCUGAGAGAGUGGGGGCAAAUGCAAUUAUGAACAUGCAUACCAUUUAAGACCACCUUUAACAAUUCAAAAAGGUCUGUACACUAAAAUGGUCAAUUAAGGUAGCCACAUGAUUGAUAUCACUUUAUGAUGAGUUGAUCAGUUUUUCUUAUAAAAAGUGAAUAUAAACUGAUGUGGUAAACAAAUUUGGAUGUUAUUAUUCUAGCAGUUUUAGCCUUAAUAUUCUCUUGAGGAAACAUGCGGCUUUUCAUUGAAAGUCACACCGACUGUUAGCACUUGAUGAGAAGAAUCACACAAGUCUCUGAUGUUUUUCUGUUCAUGUGUUCUGGAAGAUAUGAAAAAAAAUGCACAUUAUUUUAAUAUGUAAAAUACAAAAAAGUCUAUCUAUUAAUGUUUACUGGUAAGGUAAUUGUAAAGUUCCUAUUAUGUUGUAUAAUUGAUAAUGGUCUCAGAUAAAAUUCCUUUAGCUGUCAGAUUGUAAGAUUGUAUUUGCUGAGC